UGUUGCUGCGAGUUUCGGUCUCAACGGAAGAGAAAACGAGCGAUCUUAGCCGUCGGAUGGACGUAUGGAUGGAUGGGCACCGUUGACACGAAUCUUAACGGUCUCUGUCUUCCUCCUCUCACCCACUAUAAAAUGUCCCGCUCUUCUCCUCGCUUCGCUCGCUUCGGCUUUGUGUUCUUCUCUUCUGAUGUUCGCUUACUUAUCUGCGAGUGAUGGCCGUUGAUCUGGUGGGGUACACAAAGAUGGACGACCGGAUCGCCAUCCAGGAGGCGACCGCCGCGGGGCUUCGCUCAAUGGAGCACCUCAUCCGUCACCUCUCAAACCCCCACCGCCACCAGCAGCAGCAGCUGGACUGCCACGAGAUCGCCGAUUUCGCUAUUUCCAAGUUCAAGAAGGUCAUCGCCAUCCUCGACGGCACCGGCCACGCUCGGUUCCGCCGCGGCCCAGUGGCGCCGGUUCCUCUGGCCGAGCCGUCGUUGCCAGCCGCCGCGAAGAGUCUUACCCUCGCGCCGAUACCGCUGCGCGUCAUCCACCCUCACCACCCGCUCCCGCCGCCUCCCAAGACGACGCUGACCCUCGACUUCACCAGGCCAGUCUCCACCGCUGCGGCUGGCGAGCUGCCCCCGCCCACUCGAUAUGGCAAGGAGUACUUCAGCAUCUCAAUGCCGAUGACGUCCGCGACGUCCUCGUUCGUGUCGUCCGUCACCCGAGACUGCAGCGUGUCGAACGGCAAUCUCGCGCUGUCCUCCCUCCUCCUCCCGCUGCCCGCCGCCGCCUCCGCCAGCAGGCCGCCCCUCUCGUCCGCGCCUAAGUGGCGGUGGCAUGAGCACUCUCAUGCCCACUCGGAUCACGUCGCCGGCAAGAACGCCGUCCCGGGCACUCGCUGCCACUGCUCCAAGAGAAGGAAGCCGCGGGUUAAACGGACGAUACGGGUGCCGGCGGUGGGCUUGAAGGCGGCCGACAUCCCGGCCGACGAGUAUUCGUGGCGAAAGUACGGGCAGAAGCCCAUCAAGGGAUCACCUUACCCCAGGGGUUACUACAAGUGCAGCACCCUGCGGGGUUGCCCGGCAAGGAAGCACGUGGAGCGGGCGCCGGACGACCCCUCGAUGCUGAUCGUGACCUACGAGGGAGAGCACCGCCACAGUGCCGCCGCCAUCUAAGAAUACAGUGCUUUAUGGGUGGAUAUCAUGACUUUGUUAGGGUAUUGACAACUGUGUUAUUGACUAAGGUUGAGAUUUUUGCGGAAGAAAGCUGAAAUAGUAAAAUUACAAGAUAGAGUCAGGCAUCUCCUUAUGAACCCAAGAUGGUCUUUGGCUUCUGCUGGGUGGCCCUGUCAUUGCAUGCACUUGGGAGGAAGCAAAACAGUCUUCCAUGCACUUGCAGCAGAGCGACAAAGCUACUCGUGUUUCCACAAGUUCUCCAUGGAUUAUGAUUGCAGAUGCAUGGAAAAGUAUUCCACCUGUGUUUUUUAUGCAAGAGCUGAUCAAAUGCAUAUGGGAGAAACAAUUCUGCACUGUGGCAUCACCAGGGCAUGACCCACUCUGGAACGAGAGGUCGAAUGGUUUCAACCUCAUAGGCAGGGAAGGUUUACAAAGAAACAAGAGAUCAAAUGGUUUCAACUUCACAGGCAGGGAAUGGAUUCAAAUGAACUGUUCUGGUUGCUGCUGCAAUUUAUUUUUGUUGGAUGGAGCUCAAUAACAGACGUCUAAGAGAUGAAAGCCCACUUUGCUAUGAAGGAUUGUUGAUGGCGUCAUGAGUACUUGGAAGUAUUGUUGAUUAGUGAAACUGUUGUGUACGGAAGAGUACAAUAUCAAGAAGUUCCAAAUCUAUCAGGUUGAGUAUAGACUAUAUUCUUGUGACUUGCUCUAUAUUAUUUCUCUUUUGCACAGAAUAAGUUGCAAAGACAGAUUUGAUCCCAAUACCUUAUUAUCAACAUCAAGGGCUUUACCAACUAACUAGGAGAGUCGAUCCAACUUAUGACUUAUGAGAGCCACGUGUUGUUCUUUUGAAUCUUCGAACAAAUUGAAGAUAAUGAGUCCCACUUAUGGGAACUCUUUGGGGGAAGUAUAUAGUAAGCAAACCUUUGAGGUCCAAUGCUUAAGAACAAACUUCCUUCUUCCUCCCCUUUGAGGAGUCUUCUUGAUGCCUUGCUUCUUCCUCCCCUCUAAGAAGGAUCUUAUCAAUUUGGAUGGAUCGAAGAGUUCAGCUCAUCUCCUUCUCGCUUAGUUGCUUGUGAUGGAUCUUAUCAAUUUCAAAGAUCAUUAUAAAGUUGAAUAUUUUCUUUCAAGUAUUUGCUAUCUAUAAGGUUGCUCCUUUGUAACAUUAGAGGGUGGGUACUGGUACAACAGUAAGUUGCUUCUUUGCACCUUGAGAGAUUAGGGUUUAAGUCACGGAAAUAACCUUUUCAUAUUUAGAGGUAAGACUGUGUAUAUUGAUUCUUUCCUGAUCCUGCAUUAAUGGAAGCCUUAUGCACUGGGUACAUACACCCUCUAUGCUCAUUUGCUAUCCAUAACAACCAUAAAUAUAUCCCAUUCAAGUAACAAGUUUGAGAAUAAAUAUAACUAGAAUAAUGCUAAGACUCCUCAAAGCACCCACAACUAUGUUUGUCUUUUGUAUAUAUCCUCCUGCUCACUAAAUAGGAAUUACAACUCCUGAUUUCUCCAAGUUUAUUUCAGCAAAAUCUUUCCCAAACUUCCAAACCAUUGAGAUAUUCUACCAAGUUGAGCUUGGGUAAUAGGAUUCUUAUAUCAAGAAACAAUGCAAAUGCAUAUACAGUGUAACAGUGGAGACAAGAUUUAUACGGUUUGAUUACUUUUGCCUAAAUCUAUGCAGAAAUACUCAAAUAUUUUAUUGCCAGAAUGAUAAAAUACAAAAAGGAAGAAAAUUCCAUUUUGAGUUAACUCAAAUCAAGCUCUAAUGUUCCUUGGACACCAUAUGAUAAAAAAUUAUGACCACUUAAUCUAUUAGAAAAAUACCUUAAGAGUUUAUAGAAUGUGUAUCUUUAACUUCACAUCCAUACUAAAAUUUUAGGAUGCUCAGAGUACUUAUAGACCAAUCAACCAUUGAAUUUUAAAGUUUUCUUUUGAAGUCUUUCCAAACUUAAAUUCUUUUCCUCCAAGUAACUUAUCCUCCAAAAAAUAUAAUUUCGACUAAGGAUUAAAAAAAUAUUGACCAAUUAUAAUAGUAAGUAUUUUCCUGUCUUGAGUUCCACUUAUCAUGAGUAGCUAAAAUGAUUUUGAAAUCUUUGACAAGCUUAUUACAAUAACUUUUAGCCACAAAACUCUUCCAUGACGGAUAUCACAGAGUUUGAAGCUAUGCUACUCCCAGCUCUUCCUGCUCAAGCUAUAUCAGGUGUUGCUAUGAAGAACAAUGAAGAGCUCUCUCUACUUAGCUAUGCAGUCAAUUAUCGUUUGAUAUUUUUGGGAAAUAAUUUUCAGCAUUAUGCAUUAUGCAAAACAAUUUGUUAAGUUCUUUAUCAUUUUGCAGUACUUUCCAUUUCUCAUCCCAAUAAACUGUUGAAAAGUAAUUUAUAAUUGCUACUGGUGUUAGUGGCCUUAAUUCUUCUUUUUGACAUAUUUGACUAGCGACCAUGUUUUAUACUCAUUGUUCCUUGUUUGUUAAGUCAAGUAGUGUCCAAUGAUCUCACUGUAGUUAAAGUGGUGAUACAUGUUCUAGUUUAUUUUGAAGCACUAAUUGUGUAGUGUCUAAAAUUAAUCUUUCCACUAAUGGAGUGGAAACACAAUUAGUUGUAAAGCGAGGUAGUUGAGUUGUAAAGCCUAUCGAUAUAUACCUUGGGUCAUGAAUCAUGUAUUGGGGUUUGACAAACUUAGGUCAAUCGAUGUAGGUUCUUGAAGAGUUCAUCGGUCUUGUUGAGUAAUGUAAUGGAUGUGAAAACACAAUUUUCUUUCGAAGAAUAGUAGACUCUUGAGAUGGUCACUAUCUUUGAUCAAUCAAGAUUUGACAAUCGAAACCUUAAAUGGUGGAAUAGUCUCUUUCUUUAUCUCAGUAUAGAGUAGCUAGGAAUGGUGUUUAAGGGUCACUUUCAAGGAUUGCUUUUUUGGAGUCCCAUGUAGGUUUAGUUGUUGUCAUUCGAUUAUCAAUGCUAGUGCUAAGGGCUGUUAGUGAGUGUCGUUAGACACAAGGUGUUGUUAGGGGGAGUUGUCUCCUUGGUGUAAUAUAAGAUGAAAGGUCAAAGGUAAUCUUUGUAAAUUCAAUUCUAAUUGUUUUUCAAUAGAGGCACUCACUUAAGUCGAAUUUGAUCAUUCAAAUCUUCCUUGACAAAAGCACCUGAAAUAAUAUCGCAAGCAUAUAUCUGAGUAUAAAGACAAGACCUCCAACCAAGAAUGAAAUUCUUAGUUGUUCAAAGACAUUAAUUGUAUGAAGCGAAUAAGACAAAUUCGCAUCUGAAAGGUUCUUAGCCUUACAUAUUUGAGAAUCCUCAUGGUCCUCUCUUAAACUCCAGAACAAAGCUUAAAAAAAAUAGAGAAAGAAUCAACCACACUCUAUACCCCAAAUACCAAUGAGAAUAUGACUAUCAAAGUUUUGUCAUCUUGGAUAUGACAACUAUUAAAUGCAACAUCUCAUAUUAACAAAAUAUCUAAAAAGAAUAUUUCGUCAUUUAAGCAUUUAAUCUUCUGUAACCUAUUGUGGUUACAAAAUAAGUGUAAUAUGGAGGCUUCUUCAACUAUGCUCUAUGGACUUUUUCCUUUCAGAAUAAAUAGGACAUUAUUGAAUACAAACAGGGAUAGAGUUUUUCAAUAAACCAUCUAUAGGAGGAUCAUGAAAGUUAGACCUUAAUGACUCAAGAAAGAUUUAUCUCUUGACCAAGUGAUCCAAUAGGCUCGGAUAGAAUUAUUUUGCUUCAACUCCCAGAUUACACUUUCUGUUGGAUUACACCUUGUCUCAGGAUAGAGGACUUCAUCAUUCAUAGACAUGAAUUUUAGGAAUAGUCUAUUUCUUCUGGCUGUUUGCAGCUUGACAUUAGAUCUUUUACUGCUUGUUAAAUUAGAAAAUGAUCAGCUCUUGCAAUCUUUGUUUGCCUGACAGAAACAAGAUGUGCUGAUUUAUGUUAUAAACAGGAGUUCCCAUGGUUGUUACUUGGCAUCCUGCAAACCCAUAUGCUUUCAAGAUUGAGUUACAACUGGUGAUGGAUGCAAGAGUCUUCCAAAGAUUGAAGUCAUAAACAUGAAGCUUUGCACUUCCAAAUUCUUCACCUUGGACCAUCUGCUAAUUGACUUUUUGAUACUAACUCUUUCUGCUGUUGCUGCAGGUACUGCUGCUACAUCUCUCUUAAUAAAUGCAUUAGCUUUUUGGUGUUUGACUCUACAAAAGGUCAAAUCAAUUUCUUAGUAGAGGCCACCUCUGCCACUUAUGUAGACAUCCCAACCACUUUUAUGGCACAAAACAAUCAUUCAGCACAAGCGAUAGGGAGAGUCUGUUGAGGUCAUUAAGUGCGAACCAGUAAGCUGUAAAUUAAUACUGCAUGUUAACAGUGUGCUGAUGAAUGAGGUAAUGUAGGCUAAAGGUAGCAUCGGUUACUGUCUUUUUCUCA